UUCUCAGUCACUCAGGACACCGGGGAAGUCGCGCGGUACUCUCACUGAGGCAUGCUACCGCUCAGCCGUCGCAUCUUAGCAUGGCAGACUGUAACCACUGCACGCACGAGCGGGCUUUAUCCGUAGAGGACGACGUUACGGUGGCGUUUUACAAAGAUGACAGCCAUGACAAAAACAGCGCCUACGACCGACAAGAGCCCGGCACAAACGACCGGGCACCAGAGAGGAUUCAUCUGCGGAGCAAGGGCCGAGCUUCGUGCGAGUAUGAUGAAGAAGAAGAAGAUGAUGAUGAUGAGCAACUGGAGGGCGCAAGAGGAAAUUCACUGGAAAGCAGCGGCGAGGAGAAAACGUCGUGCCCACCGGCGUUUUGCGUCAGAAACAAGUCCCCAUCCCCAGAAGGCCCAGAGAAACCAAAUAGAUGCCCAGGUCUUGGCUUGUUCUAUGCUUUCCUGUCCACAGUUUUCUUCUCCAUCAUCACCCUCUUGGUGAAAACUAUAGAGGGAAUUCAUGCUAUAGAGAUCAGUGCCAUACGAUGCUUCUUUCAGAUGCUGUUUGUCGCACCAGUAAUCAUCUAUCACAAGACAGGUUUUCUUGGUCCCAGAGAUAAACGUUUAGUUUUGAUGCUUCGGGGUUUCCUUGGUUCCAAUGCCAUGAUACUGCUCUUCUAUGCAGUUCAGCUGAUGCCGCUGGCAGAUGCCACCGUUAUCACAUUCAGUAAUCCAGUCUUUACCUCCCUCUUGGCAUGGAUCUUCCUGAAGGAGAAAUGUACAAUCUGGGACUGUGUUUUCACUGUUUUUACCCUCACCGGAGUCAUCCUCAUUGCCCGACCGCCAUUUCUCUUCGGCGAGAAUGUUCAUGGCAUUGAGGGCGACUACACGAACCACAUCAAGGGGACUUUUGCUGCAUUUGGAGGAGCAAUUGGAGCUGCGUGUACAUUUGUUAUUCUUCGCAAGCUGGGCAAGAGUGUCCACUACUACGUCUCCGUGUGGUAUUAUGCUGUCAUCGGGUUAAUCGAGUGCAUCAUCACCGUAUCCGUCCUGGGUGAAUGGAAAAUCCCAUUCUGUGGCCGCGACCGCUGGUUGCUGAUGUUGAUCGCCAUCCUGGGUAUCGCAGGCCAGACCUUCCUCAUAAAGGCUCUGCAGGUUGAGAAGGCCGGACCCGUAGCCCUGAUGAAAACUGUGGAUGUGGUGCUGGCGUUCAUCUACCAGUUCAUUUUCUUUAGCCGCGCACCAACAUGGUGGAGCCUCGGCGGAGCGCUGUGCAUAGCGGUGAGCACCAGUGGAGUAGCAAUAAGGAAGUGGUAUAAUAGUUCCUGUAGGAACUGAUGAGCAGACGUAUCGUCAGUUUAAGUAUUGAUUUUUUUUUUCUCUUUACCAUCAUAUGGUCUUAAUUUACUUCUUAUUUUACUUGUUAUUUAUAUGCAAACCUGAGUGGAAGUUUAAGCUCUUUAUAGAGUUAGAAGCAGAAAUAGAUCAGACCCAAUCUAAUAUGGGGCUGUUUUGGCUUGUGAUGUAUUCAGAAAUGAAGUCAGUGCAUCUAUACACAUUGAUUCUAAGAGUCAACCUGUGCAAUUUAAUGCUUGUAUCUUUUUUUAAAUUAAUCAACAGGUUUAGGUUUUUUUAAAGAAACGAGAAAAAAGACUUCUCCUAAAAACUGUACGCUGAUCCCUGGAACUUGUGUGUAUAUGUACACAGUAUAAAUACAAUGAAGGACAUCCCAUUUACUCCCCUUUUACUUUAACCUGAAUAAAAUAGCCAAAGAGAGGAUGGCAUAACCAUAUUGUACUAAAAAGUGUGCAAAUUUAGAUUUUUAUUAUGAUUUUACUCAAAAAAAAGAAAAAUGUUUGAAUCUGUUCAUGCUAAGACUACGACUAUGAUCGCUCUGCCAUCGACAAUGACAACAAAAAAACCACAAACUCAAGAAAAGCACUUUAAUGCAGUUAGUCACUACAAACAAUACAAUAAAUUCCAACACUGUCAUGCUGUACUAUUUUCUCAGGGAUUUCUCAGCAGGGUGUGAUGUUGGUUAGCACUCCUAGUGCUAGUCAGUGGACCACUUGUAUGUCCUCCCUGUGCAUUUUUCUCCAGGUUCCCUGUCUUCAACUUUGCAGCCCAACCUCUAGCUGUGCACUGUGCAAUAUUUAAAGUGCCUUAUGUAGGAAAGCUUUCCUUAAUAGAGCGGCUCAGUAACCAGUAGCAUGUCCUAAGAUACUCUCAGAUAACUGUGCAAAUACACAUGAAAAUGAAUAAGAAUUAGGGUGCUAAGAGAAUUUUGUAGCUAAAACACUAAGCCCCACCCCUGCGAUAGGCUGCACUGAUUUCUUUAUCAACACGAGAGUCAGAUCCUGUCAUCACCUUGUGCCAUUUUAGCAGGAAAUUAGUGCAUAAUCAGUUCAAAAAUAUAUUUUCUGUGAUGCUCGAAGUGGGAUGUCAUUUGCGCUUUGUCUCUGCCAGAGCGCAGAGCAAGUGUGAGUAAGCUGUCACAAUAAUUCAGCAAAUCAGCUGGUAAACAACUGCGCACAAAGAUCGCUUCAAGUGUCUUACAAUGAAAUCUUGCUCAUUUAUUUCAAGGAGGUAAAGCUAAAUAAUGAGAAGUAAAACAGCACAAUGAAGUGCAGUUUUGUUAAUAUAACCGUGCUCAACCCCUCAUUACUCAGGUGAAUAUCUGCAAACAGUUAGACUCAGUCUUCUAUAUAAAGGCACAUGUUCUGGUUUUGGCCUAGUAGGGUUUUUUCUUUUUCGUUUCUUUGUUUUAUUUUAAUGAUAGCCUUAGCAACUCAAUACUAGCAUCUAAGAUUCUGGACGUUUGCACUCGCCCUGUGAUUAUAAGUGGAUACAUUGUAUCUUCAGUCCAGAGGCGUUCAGCUGGUAAAGCAGUUUUGGGAUUUUUAGUUGAUUUAUAAAAUUCCAGCAAAAGUUCUAGAGACUUUAAAUAUUUUAAAGCACAAAUAUAAAAGCUUCUCUGCUAAAAGCAGUAGUUUGUUUUUUUCUUUCACGCUUAAAGAGUGUUUUUUCUGCCUCUGAUGUAUGAUUUAUGUCUAGAAAUCUGGCUCUCCAGCACAGCUGUCUCUAUGUUUUGUAUCUGGUAGAAAUUAUUUUGGUAUUUCUAACAUUUAACAACAAGUUUCCCAGUGGCACGACCAGUGAGGUCAUUUUCGCAACUGCAGUCCCGUAUUUGACACAAUUUAAUUGGGUCCAAUACAGCUGGAAAGGGAAAGCAAUUAGUGGUGCUAGACUGCUACGCUAUAUCCUGCGGUGCUGUCUUUGCUGUUUUUCACACUCUCCUCUUUCUGGAUUUUUUUUUUUUUUCUCAACUUGUGGAGAACUGUGUCUGCAGCACAACUUGCACAGUCAACACCCGUUCCUGCUAUAAUUAUUCCACUUAUGCAGUAAAUGUUAGUGUGCACACUGUUGCUUCUAUGCAAUGCGACAACUAUUUCCUUGUGUUGUAUAAGAAGUCCAGCUGGCUCAUGUUGGUCCUGUAGGACAUGACACAGUGAGCUGUAGAAGACUAAAGCAACAAACUUUGUGUGCAAUAUAAAAAUGCAUUUUAUCUACAGAAUUUGCUGUGGUUGAAGUAAAUCCCAGCCGUGCUCUGAGAUAUUAUGUAAAGAAGAAGAACUCAGUUUUAUUGCCAAAAUUAAUUACUGAUUCAAAAAAACAUAUUAGCUGUCUCACUCUGUUUUUUUGUUUUUUUGUUUUUUUUUUUAAGGAACUAGUAGAAAAUAAAGGCACUGUGACAUUUGUCAGUUGUUCAUGCAUGUGACGGUCACAUCAAAUGUCCACAAGUUAAUUUUCUUAAGUGUGUUUUGGUUUUACAUUGAAUUUAUUAUUAUUAUUAUUAUUAUUAUUAUUAGUUUAAAUGGCAUGAAUGCUGGUAGUGUGAGCACAAUGUGUUGUUUUUCAUGAGCUGGUAAGGUGAACAGUCUCAGGACCUACAAGCCUUAAAAACCUACUGAAGCUGUUUUUAUACUAUUAUUAUUAUUAUUAUUAUUAUUUCUGCAAUGUUUUACAGAAGCUCAGAUGUAUGUAUUUCCACACAGUGAUGAAUAACUUUUUAGUAUAUUAUAACUUGAAAAUAAAUCUUAUUUAAAUUUAUAAGUCUU